GCCACACUCUGCAACAACAGGCUACAAGCUGUUUCGAGGAAUGUGACUAGAAUGUAAACAGUGCUCAGUUGCUAACUAAUGCUUGUUGACAUUAUCGGUAACUAACGCUAAUUUUGAUACUGUCGUCGCUGAAUCGCAAACAGUUAUGGCUUCACGAUAGAUUCCUCGGGCUGAGAUGGCACUAUUAACGUUAUAUUGAUAGCUUGUUCGCCGUCUCCCUCUUCCUCUUGUCGUUUGAUUGCAUACAUGAUUCAUAUGCUGUCACCAUGACCAAAGACAUCGUUGUUGGUGAUGAAUUACCAGACUGGGUGGGGGCCAAGGAGUUUUACCAGAAAUAUGACCCAAAAGAGGUGAUUGGCAGGGGUGUGAGCAGUGUGGUGCGCAGGUGUGUGCACAGACACACGACUCAGGAGCUGGCAGUGAAGAUCAUUGAGAUCACAGCGGAGAAGAUGACGGCUCAGCAGCUGGAGGAGGUGAAAACGUCUACGCUGAAGGAGAUCCAAGUCCUCAACAUGGUGAAGGGACACUCCUCAAUCAUUACUCUAAUUGAUUCCUAUGAGUCCACAACCUUCAUAUUUUUGGUGUUUGACCUCAUGAGGCGAGGAGAGCUGUUUGACUACCUCACAGAAAAAGUUACUUUGAGUGAGAAGGAAACCAGGAGUAUCAUGCGAGCUCUGCUGGAGGCCGUGCAGUACCUCCACUCCCUCAACAUCGUCCACCGGGACUUAAAACCCGAGAAUGUUCUCCUGGAUGAUCAGGGACACAUCAAACUGUCCGACUUUGGUUUCUCAGUGCAGCUGCAGCCUGGAGAGAAACUUAGAGAGCUUUGUGGGACACCUGGUUAUUUGGCCCCUGAAAUACUGAAAUGUUCGAUGGAUGAAAUGCACACAGGCUAUGGCAAAGAGGUCGAUCUCUGGGCGUGUGGAGUGAUCCUUUUCACCUUGCUGGCCGGCUCACCACCGUUCUGGCAUCGCAAACAGAUGCUGAUGCUGAGGAUGAUCAUGGAGGGUCGCUAUCAGUUCAGCUCCCCAGAGUGGGAUGACAGAUCUGACACUGUGAAAGACCUGAUAUCCAGGCUGCUGGUGGUGGACCCAGCUGUCCGUCUCACUGCUGAGCAAGCCUUAGCACAUCCCUUCUUCAGACAGUACCAGAAGGAGGAUGUGAGGCUCUUCAGUCCCAGAAAGACAUUUAGGGUGUUGAUAGUCAGUGUGCUGGCCUGUAUCAGGAUGUACAGUCGUUACCGCAGGGCUCAGCCGCUGACUCGGGAGGUGCUGGCCAGAGAUCCUUACUCCCUGCGCGGUGUCCGCAAACUCAUCGAUGGCUGCGCCUUCCGUAUCUACGGGCACUGGGUGAAGAAAGGGGAGCAGCAGAACCGAGCCGCCCUCUUUCAGAACACAUCUAAGAUCAUGCUGCUGGGCCUGGAGGACUUUGAAACAUAAAAGGUCAACCUCAUUCCUAACCAAGUUGAUUUUUAUUUAAACAUUUGCUUGUGCUGUCAUGUCAGCGUCUUAUCGCAUUACUGUUUUAAAUUUAAGAUGAGGAAUUCAGGGACUGGGACGUUUGUGUGCCUUAAUGCGCACCAUGUUUCUGCAAGUUAAAGAUAAGCAUGCACAACUUAAUAUUCCUUAUCUGCCCUUUGAUCCAACUUUGUGGCUGUAGCUGAAACUCUUUUAUUCAGGCCAUCAUAUUUGCGGUAACACAUCGCAGUAGGGAACACGUUGCACAAUCUGGUGAUAUAACACAUCGCAUAUUUGUAUAUUAUGUAUAUUUAGGAUUUUACCUGUUGAUCAGCAGUUAUAUAACUGAGGGGAGGAUGUGUUUCUAAGCACUGGCUGGCUGAAGUGGGCAUUAAAGCACUGUGAUUAAUUAUUAAAUAUAAUAAUAAAAUACAAAACGGUAUCAGAGGACAUGUGUGAAACAUUCAAGUACAGUGUUUUGGUUGGUAGAGAAUCAUGUAGCUAUCAUGCAUGCAUACAUUCCUCAAUAGGAAACCCACUUACACUAACUCUGAAAACCAUUUGUGACUGUAUUUUCUAACCAACACCAUUCCCUCCUCAGUUCAUUUUUCAGUUUAAUAAGUGGCACUUUUCCUGAAAGUGCCUGCCUGAGAAAUGUACAUGUAAUUGUACAAAUGCAGAUAUACAUUGUACUGUAUAUGAAGAAAAAAGCUGUUAUUGACAAUAAAACAAAUGUUUGAGUUUGAA